GCCAAUGGAGACGCAGGCUUGUUUGUGCAGCUUUCGGUGCGAAAAUAAAAGCAGGAAUCUGCGUUGAAAAGAGAAAUGUUGAUGCAAAGAAACAAAAGAUUGAGUCAAGUCUACAAUCUACCGUAUAUAGAUGUUAUUUGUUGUUUUGAGAAUAACAACUAUAGAUUUUAAUACAAAGACUAAGUCCAGUCAGUGGAGAGGCAGGCGACCUUGUUCGUGGUUCCAGACACGCAGGCCACCAGCCCUCCUUCUUUCUACGAGCCUUGUUGUGCCCCUCUUCUCCCCGUGAAGAUGGCACCCUCCCUGGCCACAGCCUUCUCCAGGCGCUGGUGGAUGGCUGUGACUGCGGUCAUAGAGAACCUGCUGUUCUCUGCUGUGCUGCUGGGCUGGGGCUCCCUGCUCAUCAUGCUCAAGUCUGAAGGCUUCUACUCCUACCUCUGCCGAGAACCUGGUAACAGCACCAGUCAGAACCAGUCUGAGACAGUCCAGGUUGGGGAUGCGGAGGGGAUCACCCAGAGUCCCGUGGUGGAGGAGGAUUACCUCCAGAUGAACGGCUGGCCCAUCUGUAAGGACCAGGAUGAGAUGCUGAACCUGGCCUUCACCGUGGGCUCCUUCCUCCUCAGUGCCAUCACCCUGCCCCUGGGCAUUGUCAUGGACAAGUAUGGCCCACGCAAGCUCCGGCUGCUCGGCAGUACCUGCUUUGCUUUCUCCUGUAUCCUGAUCGCUUAUGGAUCGAGCGACCCCAAGAAUCUGUCCAUCCUCAUAUUCUUUGCUCUGGCACUGAACGGGUUCGGAGGAAUGUGCAUGACCUUUACUUCCCUCACGCUGCCCAAUAUGUUUGGUGAUCUUCGUUCCACCUUCAUCGCUCUCAUGAUUGGAUCGUAUGCAUCCUCUGCUGUCACCUUCCCUGGGGUCAAGGUGAUCUAUGACCUAGGAGCCACCUUCAUCACCAUCCUGCUGGUGUGGGCUGCCUGCGCUGGCCUCGUCUUCAUCAACUGCUUCUUCAACUGGCCCCUGGAGCCCUUCCCUGGACCUGAGGAUAUGGACUACACUGUGAAGAUCAAGUUCAGCUGGCUGGGCUUUGACCAUAAGAUCACUGGAAAGCAGUUCUACCGCCAGGUGACCACGGUGGGGAGACGACUCAGCGUGGGGAACAGCAUGAAGCAAAACCCCAAGGAGCUGGCCCAACAGGAGGGCAACAAGCUGUGUCUCUCCACCGUUGACCUGGAGGUCCAGUGCAAGUCCCAGGAGGAAUCCCAGUCCUUCAUGAAGAGUGUCCUGAGUCCUAUCUUCAUGCUCAGCCUGAUCACCAUGUGUGUCACCCAGCUGAGACUUAUCUUCUACAUGGGAGCCAUGAACAACAUCCUCGAGUCGCUGUCCGACAGAGACUUGAGCACAGUGAGUGUGUACACCUCCAUUUUCGGAGUGCUGCAGCUGCUGUGUCUGAUGACCGCUCCAGUGAUCGGGUACAUCAUGGACUGGAAACUCAAAGAGUGCGAGGAUGAGAACGCGAAGCCGGGCAAAAGAGAUCUUACCCAGCCCAAGCGUCGUGACAGACAGAUCCAGAAAAUCACCAACGCCACACGGGCCUUCAUCUUCACCAACCUGUUACUGAUGGGCUUCGGGGUCACCUGCCUCGUCCCCAGCCUCCCUCUCCAGAUUCUAUCGUUUAUUCUGCACACCAUUGUGAGAGGAUUCAUCCACUCUGCGGUUGGAGGGCUCUAUGCUGCUGUGUACCCGUCGUCUCAGUUUGGCAGUCUGACAGGCAUGCAGUCCCUCAUCAGCGCCCUGUUUGCCCUGCUGCAGCAGCCCCUCUUCAUGGCCAUGAUGGGCCCCCUGAAGGGAGACCCCCUAUGGAUCAACGUGGGCCUGCUGGGGCUGACGGUGCUGGGCUUCUGCCUGCCUCUCUACCUGCUCUGCUACAGCCGCCAGCUCCAACGCCAGAAGCAGGAGCGCGAGGAGGACCCCAAGAUCUACGUCCAGAUCAACAACGGCAGCAAGCCCGAGGCCUUCGUCUAGAGAGACAGACUGACGGACGGGGAUUUGUUUCAACAACGAGAAGGAGGAACGGAGAGUGUGAGGAGGGGAGAGGUCACAGGUGUGACGAAUCGCAACCUCACCCACCAACUCCGGUCCCUCUAACCGUCUGCACUUGCACUCAGACGAUACUCUCUCACUCUCUCUCUCGCUCUCUCUCUCUCUCUCUCUCUCUCUCACACACACACACACACACACACACACACACACACACACACCACGCCCACUGCCAAACACACUCUGUCAAACCUACAGUAUAUGUUCACAAAUCUCAGAGAACUACUAUGAUAAACACACACACUUUUACACUCCCCAGAACAUCAUUGACUACAUACACUGUGAAAGACACGCAACAACACACACGUUGUGAAACCUCUUCAACACACACGUUGGGAAACCUCUUCAACACACACGUUGGGAAACCUCUUCAACACACACGUUGGGAAACCUCUUCAACACACACAUACACAGUUCCUUUUCCAGGGACACACCACCAAAUGGACAUUGUUCAUCUUCUCACCACUGAAAUGAGAAAGGACAACCGCGGGUCUGUGAACUGAGGAGAAAGGAGAGAAGAAGAGGCUGGAGGAUCUCCACGACUUUCUCCUCCCUUCCAGUCUCCUCUUUGUUUCAGUGCUCUUUCAUUUUUUAAUAACAUUUUUUGUCUGAUGCCAUGCUCACUCCUGCCUGUCAGUGCAAAAAGAGGACACUGAUUCUCUGGUCACCAUGCGAAAAGAACUAGAGAGGAAGCAAGUGGUCAACGCCAUGUCAAAGACCUCCAGUGCUGGAUGUGGUGACUUGAACCAGAUGACGUCCUCCUCCUCACAAUUAUAAUACCCCACCACCAGUGUUUUUACAUGUGUUUUCAAUGAUGCCAGUAACGACGACGAGUAUCGCCUCACUUUCUAAUUCUGAUCCAAGUUAGUCUCACACCGUCUCGUACUGCACUGGGGGUCUUCUACUUCACACCCUGAGAACUGGUUUAAUGAUUAGGACGUUGUUGAAACGUUAUCGAAACGUUUAUUGGCGAUAGGUCUGUAUUUUUCUCUGUGGUUGUUACAUGUCAAUGCUUCUCUGUUGUCACAAGUAGUUUGGACUGGAGGUAGAAGUGAAACAGGUUGUAUAGAAGUUCCAGUACUCCAAAUGGUGCUAAGAGUUCUUCCUGCCAUAACGUUCCCAUUUGGUUCUGUAACGUUCCCAUAACGUUCUGUAAUGUUGGGGAUAGUCAUUGUAAAUGAAUUGGUAAGAAUGGAACCUCAUGCAACCUUUAGAAGCUAGUCGAUGUAACCUUCUCAUCUAGCGAGUGUUCCUUCCAGUGUCUCAAAGAACAAACCUUGUGACUCAGUCUUUUAGUUUUUUUGUUGAAGAUAACAGAGGCGUGGAGUGUUUGGAGCUGUCGUUUUAAGACUGUUUCAAACAGCUCUAGGAGACUAGAAAGCAAAGGCGUGUUUUUUGUAACACUCAGCACUCUAGGUGCAAUUUGAGCUGAGAGUAAGUGAUUAGGCCAAUGGGUUUCCAGUGUGCAGGCCAGCGUUUUACUUCUAGGGAAUACUAUGUGGCUGUGCUUCAAACAAAGCAUGGCAUAGGUUGAAACAAGCCUCUUACCGGCAAUAAUGUGCCACAACAACAUAAGGUACAGCACAGCUGUAGAAAAAAUGGGUUCCUAAAGGGUUCUUCGGCUGUCCCCAUAAGAGAACCGUUUUUGGUUCCAGGUAGAACCCUUAUGGACAUCCGAAUAACUGUUUUAGGUUCUAGAUAACACGUUUUUUCCCCUAAGAGUGUAGGCUAUGUUAUCAAGCAUCAAUGCAUGGUUCUAUAUCACUCUCACUGGAUACACUGACAGGACCACUGACUGGUCUUGUCUUGGCAGUCCGUUUUGUCGUGCAAAAAUAAUUUCUUAUUGACUUGGUGUGUUUUCUUUUUAUUUGUGAUGACCAGAUUUUGUUUUUGUCAGGAGAUCUGGUUUUUAAAAAGUAAUACGUUUUAUCAACUGCAUUUUACCUGCAAUAUGAUACUGACAUACUGUUCAAGCUUUUGUUCUGUUUCAAGACAAAUGUGAUUUAGUACAAAUGGUUUUACAAGAAAUGGUUUAAGAUAGAUAGGAGAUGUGUGGCUUAAGGUGAACUGUGGUUGCUAUGGGCCUAUACCUGCCACGGUUCUACAGUACCUGAAUUACAUGGAUGAAUUUCAAUUCUGAUUCGCUGUAGCAAUACGUACUUAUGUGAGUUGCUGAGCAAUUCUCUACUCUUCCCGGCAACACAUAACUCUGUGAACAAACACUGUUGUCCAAGCACACACACAUACACACACACAGUGCAAGAAUGUGGAUUGAUAUAAUGUAAUGUUUAUUACAAAGGUGCUUCUCAAUGACAGGAACAUGGACUCAUAUUUUUAUUGAUGUACUGGUCAGGUAGUGACCAUCUAGUUCCUGCAUCUAUCAAUGGUCUCACUUACAAAGCCUCACUUUGUAGCGACAAAUUACUUGAAUUAUCGAAUUCCAACUUGAACUUUGAUUCACUUUUCAAAUCAAAAAGGGAGACGGAGAGAUGCUUGAAUAUGAUAUCUGAUUCUAAAUCCACACUCUUGCAGCUGUUGUGAAUGUUGUGAUCGUGGGACCCAGGUGGGCGGGCAGGCAGGUCAUGAUAGGACGUUAUGUUCUUGAAUGAUCUGUUGCAGGUAACAGACACCGGAGAGAGAGAGUGUGAGAACUUGAUUGAUGUAGCUCUACGUCCGCAGAUGCAGUAUUUAGACUGGACGGGACACCUGCUUUUCCUCAGUCACCCACAGAAGCACUUCCAAAGACUAUGUAACUAGCAGAUUGCCUCUAUGUGCAGAUGAUUUGAGACGCGGAUACGGCAAGUUGGUGCCCCGCCCUCUCUCAUCAUGACCCGUCACAUUGAUCCAUCCAUGUCCAAACCACUGUCCUGAACUGUUGCACUGACAGACCUGUUUCUCCACUGCAGUCUCACCCAAACACCACCCACCCAAGAGAUCCUUCACAUACUGGCGAUGGAACUGAGAGACAAUGCUAGAAUCCCCAAAAGCUUUGAGAAUGAAAUAAGUGACACCUGAAUGGCACAUAUGCACCUUAGUCCUCGUAUCAGGAUCUCAAUGCUAUUAUUCUGAAUGGCCUGCAUUGAAAUAUAACAUAGACAGUGCACCUCUUGCUGGUUCUGCAUGUUAGCAUAGAAUGUAUUCCCAGUAGUAUUUUUUAUUCAUAGAGUAAUGACAUCGGAACUGCAAGAAACUGUUAUUUUUGUUACUUACCGCGGGUGGUCUUAGUCUCUCCUCUUGUGUGCAUCGUCCAGUAGGUCCCUGUCCCUCAAUAUAGAAUGGCUCCUUGCUACUGACUGCUGUUUAGGCCUGUCUCUUUGGGUUUCUCGAUUUCAAGGAUCUACACACACACACACACACACACACACACACUCUGAUAGAGAAACAGGUCUAGACAUCCUCACUUUGAACAUCACUCUACUUGUCGUUUACAUGAAUUUAUUUUGCGAAAAGAGAAAAAGCAUGUAUAGCCUUAUAGACUGGUUCUCGUGGCUUGAACAUGUGACUGGAGAUUGCAGGUGGAUCCUGAUAAUGAUGCUAUACUGUACUCCAGCACAAUGAAUGUGGGACUGGGAUGAUUUUCAUUCCCUCAGUAUGGGAGAAUCAGCACUUUUUACACUGCCAUACCUUAAACUGUCAUUCUACUCAAAAUGCCAUCCCCGUAGUUCUUUUCUAGAUGUGACAUACUUUUACUACUAUCCCCUUCCCUGGGAUGUAAAGUGUGAUUGAUUGACUGGCUAUUCUCUGAUGAUGAAAAACAAGCAGUGUUUUUUUGGAUAGAGUGUUUUAAUGGUUUGUGUGUCACUUUUAGACAUUGAGCGGGAACUUCAGCUGAAACACCAAUGCUUUUCCCUGACUUGUACCUUAUUUUUUUACAUUCUCCUUUUUGGUGUUUGUUUCAAUAUUUCAUGUCUAUAUACUGUAUAUUGGAUCUCAAGUUUUUGUCUUAUAUCACAUUAUAGCCAUUGUUAUUGACAUUUUGAGUCGUUGUCUAAAUGAGAAAAAAAAUCUAUAUAUGAAAAACAUAAACAGAUUAAUUUGUAAAAAUAAAGUGUCCGUUUGUAAUUA